CCAUUUUUGGAGUCUUUUUUGUUAUCUAUAGGAAGUGACUUGAGAUUAUUCAAGCAAACUAUAGCUUCGAGCGUACUUUCCAGAGUUCGUGUUUUUCAACUAUUGACCUAUUUAUCUGUGUAACUAGUAAGUGAUCUCCUCAUUUUAGAUGGAGGUAAUCAUUUGGCCCUUUUGUUUUCGAGAUAAAUUCAAAAAAAACGAUUCUCAAAACAUCCUGUUUAUUUCUACGAAAUGGCAAAAUUUAGGUUUUUCCAAAAAUAGCAUUUCUAUUUUAUAUUGUUUCUAUGGGACAUAAGAUGUACGUUGAGCUCAUAGACUGAAUGCUAAUAAAUAAGUAAUACUUGUAAGCAGAGUAUCUUUUUCUGUUUGUAUAGCAGACUAUGUUGAGGGAUGAGCACAUUUUCGCAAACGAUACUCCAACCGCCGUAUCCGCCUCUUGCCUGUGGCAUCUCUCAGAAAGUUCAUUCUUUGCUGUUUAGCAUUCAGGCGCACAUCACAGCUGCUGUCAAGUCCUUUUGUAGUGGCCAAGCUAGCCAGGAUAAUCUACUCACCCAACCUUAGAGUGACUCGUACCGAAUCGACAUACCCACUCUCCACUUUUCCCUCCUUUUCACCGACCCAAAGGGCUGCUGCACCAGAAUCUGUGCCAGUUUCCCUAAGCAGAUAGCUUUUUCAAUCGUAGACGCUACUUGUAGUACUAUAGAACUAAGAACACCCAAAGCCGUAAAGAGCGUCAACACUCUUCUUGCCGUUCCCUGUUCUUAGAAUUGCUUUAACAGCAUAUUCUGUAUCUCCGCAUAGCGUGAGUAACACACACAGAGAUCGGCCUAAGCCAAGCACUACGCAAAGCACGUCGUAUGUCCCGCUAUAUACGGUUCAAGAAGGACUACAACACGUCUACGGUGGACAACCUUGGAUAAGGAAACAGACUGAAGAUUAUUAGAUACAUAUGUUGGCUGCCUGAGACAGCGGAGUAAGUUGAGUGAGCACUCAAGGCUGUGUACGUAGCAGUCGCUAUUCAAUAUGGUUGUUUCUGAAAUCCAAGGACGAGAUUGCAAGCACCAACGACAUGGAUGAGCUCUGCGCCAGUGAAGACCGGCUUUUAAACAGAUUUGCUUUUGCUGUACCUGGAACUCGUGUUGGUAUCCUUCAGGAUUCAUUAUGUCGUCGCGUUUGCCCCGUGGCUCACCUUAUCAUGGAGGCUACGGGGUCUACGGGGGUUACGGUUAUGAAGAACCGACGAAGAUUCAACGUUUUGGUCAAUGCUGCCGUGCGUGUACAGCGUCGCUGAUGUCUCACUUUGGAUUGGUUACUCUGGUCAUGUUUUACUGUGUUUUCGGAGCGUUCCUGUUCGAAUAUCUAGAGGCCCCGAAUGAAGGGGCCAAAAGACUGGAAGUGAUGUAUCGGAGAGGAAACGUCAGCAUCGAUCUAUGGAGGAUUACUAAUGGAUCACGUGUCCUUGAGCAACGGCAGUGGAAAACAGAUGCCCUUCAAGUUCUCAAAAAGUUUGAAGAUCAGGUAGUCCGAGCGGUCCGCAAGGAGGGAUACGAUGGAAAUGACCACGGAGAGCCGCCACAGUGGAGUUUCACAGGAUCACUUCUCUACUCUAUUAUAGUCAUAACGACCAUUGGAUAUGGAAACGUAGCCCCGAAAACCCCACAGGGACGAGUGGUAACCAUUUUUUACGCGAUCGCCGGCAUUCCACUUAUGCUUCUUUGUCUUUCAAAUCUUGGCGAUACAAUGGCACACUCCUUCAAAUUCUCCUACAAAUACAUGUGCUGCGCAAUGGUCCACAAAGAGCGGCGCCCACGACGACAGCGGUCGCGCUCGAGAAGAGCAUACGCACGCUCUUUGGCGAUGGCUGGGUCUGCUAGCGGCAUUGGGGCCAGUAUGAGCGGCGCUGGUGUUGGGCUUUGCCCAGGAGUUAUUGGGACCGGAAGAAAAGUCUUCGUCAAUAACGCUAGCACUCAGGCAUCGAGUUUACCAACCACACCAACUCUCCAACCAAAGCACUUUAACGUUGGAUACAGACGUGCUGCAAGUGUACCUCGUUCAAGAGCAACCCCGACUCUUAAAGCCGAUGCAUGGAACUCCCAGAUUUUCGUGAACCGAUAUGCUAAAGAGGAUGAUAGACAACGCACACUCGGGAGUUCCGGCUCGCCUGAAGCGGCUACUGGGGUGGCCCAGACUUCACGCAACGAACCUAUUGUGUUCGACUUUGGUGGCUAUGAGACAGAGUCAGAAUCAUCUGAAGAAGAAUAUCAGCGCCGGCGCGAUGAGGAAGCAGUUCCCCUUUGGAUGUGUUGUGGAAUUGUUAUACUGUACAUUCUUGGUGGAGCAUGGCUAUUUAAGUACUACGAAGACUGGGAUUUCUUGGAGGGAUCAUAUUUUUGUUUCGUCACUCUGACUACAAUUGGAUUCGGUGAUGUAGUUCCUGGACAGACAAUCAACGAAAAAGAGACACAAAGUUCUCGGCUUGCAUCGUGUGCGAUCUAUUUGCUUUUUGGGAUGGCUUUAAUCGCUAUGAGCUUCAAUCUCGUGCAGGAAGAAGUUAAGAAGAAGGUGCGGAAUAUUGGCAAGCGGGUGGGUAUCGUUUCGGAUGAUGAUGACGAUUAAAUCUGUCUGCCAAGCGGCCUAUAUAUUCCACGACGCCUUCCUCUACUUCGAGUACUUUUCCUCUUCGACUCCCUUUGAUUCCCCCUUACAUAUCUUCGGUUAUUUCGAAAUAGUGUUUUCACCAUCAUUAUUGUCACCAUCGUCAUCACAAAGGCCAAAUAUGUGCCUAGAUGGAAACAAACUUCUAACAAUAUAUUAUGCAACCGCCUACACAUUGGUAUAUGGAUUUUUUUCGUUCUAAUUAAUGCGUCGAAGUCCUACGUCAGCGAAGCAUUAAUUGCCAAUUAACUGUUAGCGACUGAAGUCAUUUUGCGUCAGUGCGUACAUAAUGGUUUUAGAUAGGCUGUAGAUAUAAUCUAAUCGAACAGUUUGCACACUCACUACACUACGAAGCAAAAACAUAGCGCAUUUUGAGUGAAGACGUAUCGGGUAAAAUUAUAGGUACAAAUGUAUACCAAAAUGCUCACUCUCAUUACUUGCACCGAAUCGUCCAAUGUUUUCUUGAAGCUGAGGAACAAAACAGUUAGAAAACCAGUCAUUCAAUUUGGUAUGUCACGAACUAAGACUAAGUUCGUUGAGUAGUUGCAGAGGCCAAUACGCUAUUCUCCUGGUAUUCAAUCAGUUCAUUCAGCUAGUGCAAUAACAAGCUUUGAUGGACCAAAAAUAACGUCAAAACCGAAAACAGACAAAAACCAAUAAACAAUUUUUCUACAAAAUUGCCUCAGAGUAGGUCAUCAAUAAUUAAAAUCAAUACUCAAAUGCAAUCAGUGGAAGAAAUAUUAUAUGUGUUCAUAGCCUAAAAACUUCUAUUUCGCGAAACGAUGCAGCUCCACGUUGACUGGUCUCCAUAUAGACUGACUAAAUGUUCCGCCUAACCUACUGUAAAUAAACACAAAAUCGUA